UCCCUUGUUGUGUUCGGUGGUGGGUGCGUGUGUGCCAGAACUGACUCUGCCCAUCGCAAAUCCCAUUCUCCAUCCCGCCUUUCAACCACUCCCAGCCGAAACAGGAGCAAGCAUCGCUUUGUUCUUGUUCUCUCAACCCACGCGCGCCGUCGUCCUCGACGGGGCUUUUCGUUCCUUUCUGCAACUCUUGUAAUUUAUACCGACAGAGAUUCGGAAGGCCUUUGUUUCCUUAGACCAAUCGAGAUACCCCUCCUUUCCGGCCUUAUGAGCACUUCUACGAGCAUUUGCAUGAAUUCACGAUCGCGUUAGAUCUGGUUCUGGCGUCCUCGGGGAGAUCAUCUGUGGAGCCUGAGCAAGAUACCCUACCAUCAAUCCGCACAACUUGACACUUGCUGCCCAAUCCGACAGGGCCCUUGUGCUUGGAUUGCGUUUCUUCGACCCGCCCACACGCGAGCCCUCGGACCGCCGCAUGCCACAGCCACGGGCACUGGCGCGCCCCUUCUUCCCCUCUUCACCAUCGACGACGCCCCACGACCUCGUCGUGACUGUGCCCUCCUCUCGGCCAUACCGCCACUCAUCCCGGCUGCACCUGAAAGCGCGCCACCAUGUUUUGGCGGUUUGGCAGCUAUGCCAGUGCGUCCGCCAUCGACACAAUACUGGACAAGCCCGAGUUCGCCGUCGAAGAGCUCCUCGAUGAGAGCGAUUUGAUUCAGGAGCUCAAGCAGCACAAUGUCAAGCUCCUCGAGCACCUGAGGCGCCGGGAGGUGCUUGAAAAGCUACUCGACUAUGCCGUCGCCCCCAAGCUCGAGCCCGUCGCCGUCCCGGACAAGGACCAGGGCGAAGAUGGCGACAAGGGCAAGGCCCUGACCUUUUCCUUCUCCCGCCCCAGGGCGUCGUCGCGCGCGACCGAGGGCGGCAGCGAGGCCGACGAGGCCGAGAAGCGCCGCAACAAGUAUGCCUUCGUUGCGAGCGAGAUCUUGUCCUGCGAGAACUGGUCCAUCUGCGAGGCCAUCAUGGACGUGCAGAACCGGGACCUGUUGCGCAGCUUCUGGAACUUCCUGCAGCGCCCGUCCCCGCUGGACCCCCUGCAGGCCAGCUAUUUCACAAAGGUCAACGAGUCGCUGUUCGACAAGAAGACACAGGAGAUGAUUGAGUUCCUCAAGUCGGUCGACGGCGCUGUUCCCAACAUGCUGAGGCACGUUGACAGCCCAAUGGUCAUGGACCUGUUGCUGAAGAUCAUCAGCCUGGAGCGCACGGCCAAUGGCCAGGGUAUCGUUGAGUGGCUCUUCACCAAGAAUGUCAUGCCGUCGCUACUUUCAUUCCUCGGCCCCGAGCAUAGCUGGGCGACACAAACCUCUGCUGGAGACUUCAUAAAGGCCAUAAUCACGGUUUCUGCCAAUGCUUCCCAGAACGAGCAGACGUGCAUCGGACCGAACGAACUUACGAGGCAACUUGUUUCGAGACCCUGCAUCGAGCAGCUGAUUGGGUACAUGCUAGGUGGCGGAAACGCCCUGACGGUGGGCGUCGGCAUUGUGAUCGAAGUGAUCCGCAAGAACAACUCGGACUAUGACCCAGACGUUGGCGUCGAGGCCAAUUCGGUGCCCUCGAGCCGCGACCCUAUCUACCUGGGCACCCUACUACGCCUGUUCGCCGAGAAUGUGCCAAGAUUCAUGGACCUGAUAAUGAUCGGCCAGGCUCAGAAGCCACACCUUGAGUCUACCUUUGGCGGUAAGAUCCAACCAUUGGGUUUCGACAGGUUCAAGACUUGCGAGCUCAUGGCGGAGCUUCUUCACUGCAGCAACAUGGGCCUGCUCAACGAGGUUGGAUCCGAGGACCUGAUUGCGGCUCGAGAUGCUGAGCGCCAGCGCCUCAGGGCCCAGGGCAGCUUGACCGCUGUCCGCGGCGAGGAGGCGCCGUCGAGCGCCGAAGAUCUCACCAUGAGGAUCCCCGGGGCCUCACCUGCGGACGAGGUUAGGCGCCUCGAAGUCACCAACAUUUCCGACGACGACGGUUUUGAGGAAGUCAUUGGCGCUGCCGAGAUGGCCGAGGAUACCUCCCACGAGUUUAUCAAGGCUGAGGAGGAGAUACAGCAGUCGCUCCCGACCUCGUCUUUCCUCGAUAAGGACGAGGAUGACUUCGUUGACGAGCCCCUAAGCUCGCCGCGACUUAAUGUUUCCGACAUUAAGAUGGAGGAUCAUCAGUUCGAAGACCCGGAAAUGGUGGUCGAGCCGCUGUCACCCAAGAAGCUGGCCAUGCCGGACGUGGCCUCACCCGAGGCUACUAGCGCCGCCGACCCAAUGGGCGUCACAACUGCGAUUAAGGAAAUCGAGGAGUUGGGACUUAGCGACGACCAUCUCGGAGAGGACUUGGAUGUUGCAUCGGGCAGUCACGUGGAGGUUCGGCCUGCCAGCCCCGAGGCCGGCUCCUCGCCCCCAUCCUUUGAAGCCCAUAUGUUGUCUGUCUCCAACGCCCAGCCCGCGGUUACUCCGGAGACAAAGAGCUCUUCGCAAGCCGAUAUGACAGCUACGGCUGUCGCAACCGCCCUCGAGCCUCACCCUGAGGACACGCCAGCCCCGCUCUUUUCAACCCCUUCGAAGCAGCCCGCAGAUGCGGAAGCCAAGGUGGUGCCCACGGCCACAACGCCCGCCGCCGAUCCUGACACGACUAUGGAGGAUCCUAAGGGUGACGCUCCGAACGAGCCGGCCACGGCUGGCGCCGUCGAGGCCCAAGAGAAAGAGGGCGGCGAGGCAUCCGACGCCGUUCCUGCGCCAAAGACCGAGACGCAGGCAGCCUCUGAAGACAACAAGGUCACUCCUGUCGUCGGAGACUUCCUCAAGAUGCAAUUUGUGGAGCACCGUGUUGUACCGACAAUCCUGUCGUUCUUUUUCACCUAUCCCUGGAACAACUUCCUCCACAAUGUCGUGUACGAUGUCGUUCAACAGGUUUUCAACGGCCCGAUGGACCGAGGCUACAACCCAACGCUUGCCAUCUCCCUGUUCGAGGCGGCCGACAUAACCGCGCAGAUCAUCAACGGCCAGCUUGCUAGCGAGGAAUCCGAGGCCAAGAACAAGACGCGUAUGGGCUACAUGGGACACUUGACCUUGAUUGCUGAGGAGGUUGUCAAGUUCAACGAGCGCCACCCACCCGAGCUCCUGUCCGAGACUGUGCUCGAGAAGGUCAUGUCCCCCGAGUGGAGCAACUACGUCGAGGGAGCGUUGGCCGAGACGCGGGAACGUGACAACGCCAUCCUGGGUGGAGUCCGACCUGAGGUCGCCAUGAACAACCGCGCCGCUGCUCAGGGCAGCGGACUCGCGGCUGCCGGCCUAUCGAGCCUCGGCUCCGGCCUGGGCGGAUCCCACGCGUCGUCAGCACUCGCAGACGCUGGUCUCAAUGGAGGCAUGGAUCUACAGGAGGGCAGCGGACUGGCCCAGUUCGCCAUCAGCUCCGGAACGGUGGGAGGCACGUCGGGCUUCGGCAGCUCCAGUGACGAGGACGAGGAUGAGGAUAACGACGAGGACGUUACCAACGAGUUUCGAGCCUACACAGACCCGUUGAACUCGUCUUCAUCGUUGAAUCCGCCAUCUGUGCCGCCUCCGCCUCCUCCACCGCCGCCGCUGAACAUACCGCCAUCUCGUGCGCGCCUACAGCUCGCGGCACGCCUGGCGAUGAACAAGCGAAGCACAGCAGGCACGGCUACCGAUUCGGGUACGGCUGAGGGCGCUGGUGCUCAAGAAAAUGGCGCGGUAUCUUUCGCAUCGGGAAGUCGGCCGAGUUUUGACGGGAGUGUCAACCCGGACAGCCCCGAAUCGGCCCAGCUUCAGCCGGCCGCGCCGCUGUCUGAGAGACUGCGUGAUCCAUUUGCAGACGAUAUUGACGAUGACGACGAUGACGAUGAUGAUGCCGACCUGAUCACUGGAGGCGGAUCGGGUGGAGCGGAAGGAGACAAGGCUACCGGCUCGGGUUCCCGCUGGAACCGCGGCAACUGGUGGCGCGGGGUAGUGCGGAGCAAACGGCCGGGCGAAGGCGACAGCACCAACGAGCGCUUCGGGGAUGGUAGGGACGACGACAGCGACGACGAUGUUGACAACGACGACGAGGAGUUUGGCGACUUCGCCAUGCCCGAGGUCACAGAUCCGCCGGUGCGCGCGUCGGACGGCCCCGUGGGCGCCCUCUUUGAUCGCGAGCGGGAGAAGGUGUUGCUCAAGCCGCUGCCUGUACACCCACCGCACUCAUCUGGGGGCAAGUUUGGCAGCCUCUGGCCGUUUGACGGGCUCGGCUUCGGGUCGACUGGCUCGGGGUCUACGGCCGUGGGCUUGGUUACCGGGCUCAAGAGUGGCAGCGGCGUGGCCAUGGCUCAGGCCGGCACCCCUACCGGCGGCGGUGAAGCCGAGGGCAAGCUCAGCAUCAUCUCCCCCAUCACAGCGAGCCCCGUCUCGCCCCUGUCUACGCCCGGCAACAAGGUGGCUGCUCUGGACGCCAAGGUCGCCGAGGCGCAGGGCGGGCCGCCGCCGCCUGCAAAGGCCGACACGGAGGCACCGAAAGCUGCCGCGACUGCGACUCCUACUGACGACGAGCCCGUCAUAGUGGACGAGGACGGCAAGAGGGUGUCGAGGGCGAAGGAGGCCAAGAGGCGGACGAGCAUCGAAGAUCCAGAGGACGAGGAGGUUGUCGUCUGAGCAGAGAUGCAGCCCACCUUGAAAGCUUCUUGUUCGGUGUUGGUUCCCAAAGGCGCAGCAAGAACCAGGGGCGGUCGUGAUUACAGCUCUGCUUCUGUCUCUUUUGAGUUUGGUAUCGAUAGAAACUAGAAUUAUAGGCGCUGUGUAACUUUGAGGCAUCAAGGAGUACUGGGUCAGGAGUAAAGCAUUGAACCAGACCAGGUAAAUGAUGAAGGAUGGAGGAACGGGCAUGGACGGAGCGCACAUAAAGGUAACCGAAGAAGUCUUUUUUCGUUCACCAACGGCCGCUCGGGACACAUGGGAAGGAACCGGAAUCAAUGGACGCGAUUAUUUGGUAGAUUCGUAAAGGGUAGGUAGGCAAGUGUUGGCGCCGGCAAUGUCGUGCCUCGCCGCCUCUCCUCGCCUGGGGAUUAGUUGGACGACGACGUGAUACCUUUGUUCAUCACUCGUUUGGUUCCUGUUGUACGAUAACUUGCGUUUGGCGUUGCUUCUCCUCUGACCCCAAACUCCCUCUUGGACUCACAUAAAUGCCCUGAUAGGUAGUUCGUAGUUAUUUGUGAGCCCACGUACGUGCGUGUGAGAAGUCACCCAAGACCUGAGAUUCACAGCACAUGUCCAAGCGGGUAGGUACUCGCCUGCGUACUUGAGCAGGUUGAAGAACAUGGGCUUGGGCCUCUCUCUAAUAUUCGCUAGUCUAGUGACCUGGUAAUGAACCUAGAACUCCUG